GCGGGUGUGAACGGCGGCGCGCCCGUCAGCUGACGUCAUCCCAUGAGUCCCUCACGUGACGCUCGCAAUCACAUGACGAGCCGAAGCUGAAAACAGGAAGAGGCGCAUCAAACACAUUUAUUAAUCAGAUGUGCAUUAUUUCCGUGCGCGCGCGUCAGGAGACUAUGUGAGGAUGGCCUCAGCGGUGGAGAGGACAGAUGAUCUGGUGCGAGAGUAUCUGAUCUAUCGCGGGUUCACCAGCACACUGAAGCACCUGGACUCAGAGAUCAAAUCAGACAAAGACAAAGGCUUCAGAGUUGAUAAGAUCAUCGAUCAGCUCCAGCAGCUGAUUCAGAGUUAUGAUCUGGCGGGUCUGAAGGAGUACUGGGCGUAUCUGGACCGCAGGCUCUUCUCCAGACUGGAGGACGUCUACAGACCCACCGUCAACAAACUGAGGACCAGUCUGUACCGCUUCUACGUCAUUCACACCGUACAGAUGAAGAAUUCCGAGAAGACGCAGGAGUUUUUCCAGAAGCAGGCGCUGGAGCUGCAGACUCAGCCGGAGUGGCGUGAUUGGUUCGCUCUGCCCUUCAUCCCAGCGCCGGAGCAGAAUCCCUCCUUCUCUCCGUAUUUCUCCCGGCAGUGGGCGGACACUUUCCUGGUGUCUCUGCACAACUUCCUGAGCGUCCUCUUCCAGUGCAUGCCUCAGCCUGUGCUCUUGAGCUUCGACAAUGAAGUACAGAGAAUCAAAACUGUGCAGGAGGAGAACGAGGAGCUCAGACAGUUGUUAUUUGCUCUUCAAGUAGAAUGGCGACAGAAGAAAGACGAGGAGAUGGUCCAUCACAAACUGCCGCCGUACGUCCAGCACAUGGACCGACUGGGCGACACUGAGCUAGAUCUCGUGUUCAGUCAGAGGAACGUCAACAUGACCACGCCGUCCCGAAACUUCUUCUCCACCUUCCUCCCUCAGACCCGACGGGCCCCUGGGAAAACGGCCCCGGGGCCACAAUCCUCGCCCACACAGGCCUCGCUGGGCCGGAAGGACCCCACUGCCGCGCAGUCUGCGAAAGCAAAAGAUCUGCCUUCCGCAAAAGACUUGAAGAUGCCCUCUGUUUCCACGGCGACGGUGGAUUUGGCCACAGGUCAUUCCCUAAAGAGAAGACCGCAUGACCACGAGAAAGAGAGAAAAGAGCUGCUCUCCAAACUCCCACAACAGAGCUUGGAGAAGAAAACUGAUUCGGAUCUAGAUGCUCAAACCGAAGCUCUUCCUGAUCAAACAGACUCCACCAAUCAGAUGCGAGUCUGUGAAGUGGGCGGAGCUGCAGUGGAGCAGCCCUUCAUUAAACUGAGUCAGGAGGAGUACGGAGAGCAUCACUCAUCCAUCAUGCAUUGCAGGGUGGACUGCUCCGGCAGGAGAGUGGCCAGUCUGGAUGUGGACGGGGUGGUGAAGGUUUGGGCGUUCAAUCCUAUCAUGCAAACCAAAGCCACUAUCAUGUCCAAGUCCCCGCUGCUCUCUCUGGAAUGGGCAGCCAAACCCGACAGACUGCUGUUGCUCGGCAGUGGCGUCGGGACGGUAAAACUUUACGACACGGAUGCCAAGAAGAACCUGUACGAGAUGACAAUAGACGACGUCCAUCCACGGAUCCUGUCGCUGGCCUGCAGUCCCAGCGGAACGUCGUUCGUUUGCUCCGCUGCGGCUCAAGCUGCUCCUACUGGUGUUGUGACAGAGGGCGAUGCACGAGUUUCGGCUCCCGUAUCUGGACAGCUGCUGCUGUGGGACACCAAAACCGUCAAACAGCAGCUGCAGUUUGCACUGGAGCCGGGUCCGGUCGCUAUAAACUGUACGGCGUUUAACCACAACGGAAACCUGCUGGUGACCGGAGCCGCAGACGGGAUGAUACGGCUGUUCGACAUGCAGCGCUAUGAGAGUGCAUUGAGCUGGAAGGCUCAUGAUGGUGAAGUGUACAGCGUGGAGUUCAGCUACGACGAGAACACCGUCUUCAGCAUCGGAGAGGAUGGGAAGUUUGUGCAGUGGAAUAUCCACCGCUGUGGCGUGAAACAGUCGGAGUACUCACUGUCCCAGGAUGCCGUGGGGCCGUUUGUCCUGUCGGGUUACAGCGGUUAUAAACAGGUUCAGGUUCCACGCGGUCGACUCUUCGCUUUUGACUCUGAGGGGCAACAUGUGCUCACCUGCUCCAGCAGCGGUGGAGUUAUCUACCGGUUGAAUAAAGCGGACGCUGGUCUGGAAAGCGUCUUGUCUCUCGGGGGUCAUAAAGCGCCCGUCGUGACAGUUGAUUGGUGCUCGGCGAUGGACUGCGGCACCUGCCUCACCGCGUCUAUGGACGGCAAAAUCAAACUCAGCACGCUGCUCGCACAGAAACCCUGAGCUCACAAAUCAAGUACAGUUUAAAUCACAUGAUGUCAUAAUGAACCAAUCAUCCCUCACAGGUGACCAUUAGAAUAUAAAAACAGUGGUACUGAUUCAAAUAAACAAAUCUGUAUUUCCACUGAAUGAUAAAACAGACCAUAUAGAUCCAGAGAGUGAUGACAUAUUAUAUUUUUCGCAAAGCAUUUAUGGUUCUGUGUGCAUUAGUGAUGUCUGAGCACAUGGGGAAAUGUUACUUGAGAAAGAACAAAUGUUGAGUCAGGUCAGUGAGGAAGGGCAUUACCUUCACAUUAAUGUUUCUUUGCUUCUAAGAUGAUGUUUAUUUCUUACUUCUGGAACCGUUAAAUAGAGCUUAGCCAAGUAAUACACUAUUUGAAUGAUUUUCAUAAACAUUGUUUUUUUUGCAUCCUGUUGAACAAUAAAAACAAAUAUGAUCCACCAAA